GACGAGUUCGUGGCCAGAAAAGGCAACGGGGAGGACGAAAAGGGGCGCAACGUCAUCUGGUGUGGCCGGGGUGGUUGGGCAGAGCACUCGGCGGCGGAUUGUGGCACCGCGGCCAGAACUCGGCGCGAUAAUCGACGCUGCCAUCGGCCCUCCUCCUCGUCCUCCUCCUCGUCUUCCUCCACCACCGCCAUGCCCCCAGCGGACGCCCCAGCAAAGGCCCGCUCGCCCACCCCCGCACUCGCCGCAGCCUUCUCGCCCGCAGCGACCCCCGCCCCCGAGCCCGCACCCGAGCCAACGUCCAAGGCCGCAACACCAGCCCCGCCAUCCCGCCAUCCCUCCCUCGCCCCCGCCCGCGAAGCAACCCCCGCCGUCGAGUCCCCAGCCGCCCCAGAUGCGUCCGAUGCCGUCGAUGCGGUCGAUACAGAGGCAGCGGAGGGCACUAUCGAUCUCGAGACCUUCCACCAGAUCCUCGAUCUCGACGAGGACGAUACCCACGACUUCUCCAAAGAGAUGGUCACCGCCUACUUCACCCAGGCGAACACCACAUUCGGCGAGAUGGACGAGGCCUACAAGGCAAAAGACCUCACCAAGCUCUCGUCGCUCGGCCACUUCCUCAAAGGCUCCUCCGCCGCCCUCGGCGUCGCCCACGUGCAGGCCUCGUGUGAGCGCAUCCAGCACUACGGCCAGCUCCGCGACGAGGAUACCGGCACCGACCUAACCGACGAGUCCGCGCUCCAGAAGAUUGAGCCGCUCCUCAGCCGCGUCAAGAAAGAGUACAACGUCGCAGAAGCAUGGCUCAAGAAGUGGUACGAGGACAAUACCGUCCCCGCCGAUGACGGCGAGUGA